AUGUACAAAGAUAAAUUCAGUCAACUCCUAGAGGAAACAAAUUGGUUGGAAAAUGCUCAGGAACCUGCUGAAUUCUUCAGAAUUAAUAGCCAGCCUAUCACAACCUCAGUCACCACUCAAGUCUUUCAAGUGCCUCUGGAGGAGAAACAGUAUGUCACCAGGACUGGAGGAGAAAUACAAGACUUGGAAGAAAAAGAUGCAACCAACAUACAGAACUUAGGCCCAGAUAAUCACAACAACUGGAUUAAGACUGUUGGCACCAAAGAGGUCAUGAAGAAGGAUUUACAUGAAGUCUUAGAAACAGAGUCACACAUCCAUUUUCUGCCACCUAGUGUCAAUCAGACACAAGUGGGCUUUACUGAAAAAAAGCAACAGCUUAGUCAGGCUCAGGCUUGUGUAAAGGAGACUUUUGAGAGUAUUAAAAAGAAAACCACACUCAUAGAUGUGGAGAUGAAAUUUCAUCACAAGGGUACCAUAGAUCCCAAGAGAAAUUCUGUCCAGGUGAACUUGGAAAGCACUGGAAUUUCAAUAGAGAUCUUACCAUUAGAGAGCAUGUCAGAUUCUGUGACAGAGCAAGGUGAGCCUGGAAGCUUAAGGAAGGCAUUUGCCAAAGCUAGUUUGAAAACCAAGGUUUACACUGUUUCCUCUAUCUUUGUACCUUCCUGGCUUUACAGAUUUAUCAUUGGUAAGAAAGGUUGUAAUAUAUCCAAAAUCACCCAGAGCGUGCCACAAGUUCACAUCGAAUUUAUUGAAGGAGAUAAAAUAACAAUAAAAGGACAAAAAGAAGAUUUAAAUUAUGUACAAGAACAAAUUGAGGUCAUAGGCAAAGAUACAAUUAACAGGAUGGAUUAUGCAGAAAUCAAUGUUGACUAAAAGUUUCAGAAACAUUUGAUAGGGAAGAAUGGUGCUAUCGUAAAGCAAAUUAAAGAGAGGAAUAAAGUUUCUGUGCUAAUUUAUAAAAAUGAAAAGAACAACUUGAUUAGAAUUGAGGGGGAAUCUGAGGGUGUCCAACAAGCCAAGAGAGAACUUCUAGAACUUGCUGGUCAUUUAGAAAACGAGCACAGCAAAGACUUAAUAAUUCCAAGGAUUCACUCCGCAAUCAUUGGGAGGAAAGGUGAACGGAUCCAUGACAUCCAGAAGAAAUUCCCUGAGGUGAUGAUUCAUUUUCCUGACCUAGCACAAAAAAGUGACACAGUCCAACUUAGAGGGCCAAAACAUGAAAUAGAAAAAUGCACACAAUAUUUGGAGAAUGUGGUGACAGGCAUUGUAGAGAGUAGCUAUUCCGUAACUAUUCCCAACUUUAAAAAGCCUCACAGAAAUGUCAAUGGAAGAGGAGGUGCAAACAUAAAAAAAAUCUGUGCAGCAAGCAACACCAAAAGUAAUCCUCCAUCGGCAAGUGGCUACUCAGAAGAUAUUGUCAUCAGUGGAAAACCUGCAAACUGUGAAGUAGCUUCUAACUGGAUUCUUCCAACUCAGAAACAUAUAACCAAUAGUCCAGAGGUAGAAAUUUCUAUUCCUUCCAAUCUACACAAGUCUCUUACCAAUUCUAAAGACUGUUUGAUUGGUGCAAUCAUGCAAGAAUGUGGAAGGAUCCACAUCCACUUUCCAAAAAUGGACUCAGGCCUUCGAAGAGUCAUUAUUAGAGGCCCUGCCCAUAGUGUUGAAAAGGCCAAGACAAAACUGCUACAACUAGCAGAAGAAGAGCAAACCAAGAGUCAUACUGUAAUUCUCCACGUCAAACCACAGUAUCACAAAUUCCUCAUGAAUAAAAAUGGUGGCAAUGUUUCCAAAGUCUGUAAUGAGACUGGAGCGCACAUCAUUUUCCCUAUCCCUGAGGACAAGGAUCAAGAAUUGUUAACUAUUAAAGGAACAGAGAAGGCUGUCAAAGAUGCACAAAAGGGACUAGUGGCACUAAUUACAAAUCUAGAUAACAUUGUAGAGGAGGACAUACUGAUAAAUCCUGUUUACCACCACCAUUUUUUCAAGAGAAGAGGCCCGAUUUUUCAGCAGAUGACUGAUGAGUGUGGUGGUGUUAGUAUUAACUAUUCAUAG